AUGGAAGGGGAAUCAUACCACAAUGCCACCACUGUCAAUGGCACCCUGGUAAAGCACCAGCCUUUGGAACGCCAUGGGUUGUGGGAAGUCAUCACCAUCGCAGCUGUGACUGCUGUGGUAAGCCUGAUCACCAUUGUGGGCAACGUCUUAGUCAUGAUCUCCUUCAAAGUCAAUAGUCAGCUAAAGACUGUUAACAACUAUUACCUGCUUAGCUUAGCCUGUGCAGAUCUCAUCAUUGGGAUCUUCUCCAUGAACCUCUACACCACCUACAUCCUCAUGGGGCGCUGGGCCCUUGGGAGUCUGGCUUGUGACCUUUGGCUUGCGCUGGACUAUGUGGCUAGCAAUGCUUCCGUCAUGAACCUUCUGGUGAUCAGUUUUGACCGUUACUUUUCUAUCACAAGACCCCUGACAUAUCGGGCCAAGCGUACCCCGAAAAGGGCUGGCAUCAUGAUUGGCUUGGCCUGGCUGAUCUCCUUCAUCCUCUGGGCACCAGCAAUCCUCUGCUGGCAGUACUUGGUUGGAGAGCGGACGGUACCACCAGAUGAGUGCCAGAUCCAGUUCCUCUCUGAGCCCACCAUCACUUUUGGCACUGCCAUUGCUGCCUUCUACAUCCCUGUCUCUGUCAUGACCAUCAUCUACUGCCGAAUCUACCGGGAAACAGAGAAGCGAACCAAGGACCUGGCUGACCUCCAGGGCUCUGACUCCACUGCUGAAGCUGACAAGAGAAAGCCAGCUCACAAGGCUCUGCUCAGGUCCUGCUUUAGCUGCCCUCGCCCCACACUGGCCCAGAGGGAAAGGAACCAAGCCUCCUGGUCAUCCUCCCGCAGGAGCACCUCCACCACUGGGAAGCCAUCCCAAGCCACUGGCCCAAGCACCGAGUGGGCCAAAGCCGAGCAGCUCACUACCUGUAGCAGCUACCCCUCCUCAGAGGAUGAGGACAAGCCCACUACUGACCCUGUCUUCCAAGCGGUCUACAAGAGUCAGCCCAAGGAAAACCCAAGGGAAGAAUUCAGUGCUGAAGAGACCAAGGAAACUUUUGUGAAAGCUCAAACUGAAAAAAAUGACUAUGACACCCAAAAAUACUUCCUGUCUCCAGCUGCUGUUCAUAGACCCAAGAGUCAGAAAUGUGUGGCCUAUAAGUUCCGAUUGGUGGUAAAAGCUGAUGGGACUCAGGAGACCAACAAUGGCUGUCACAAAGUGAAAAUCAUGCCCUGCUCCUUCCCAGUAUCCAAGGGCCCUUCAACAAAAGGCCUUGACCCUAACCUCAGCCAUCAAAUGACCAAACGAAAAAGAAUGGUGCUUGUCAAGGAGAGGAAAGCAGCCCAGACCUUGAGUGCCAUCCUCCUGGCCUUCAUCAUCACAUGGACCCCUUAUAACAUCAUGGUCCUAGUUUCCACUUUCUGCGACAAGUGUGUCCCAGUCACCCUGUGGCACCUGGGCUACUGGUUGUGCUAUGUCAAUAGCACUGUCAACCCCAUUUGUUAUGCCCUCUGCAACAGAACCUUCAGGAAGACCUUUAAGAUGCUGCUUCUCUGCCAAUGGAAAAAGAAAAAAGUGGAAGAGAAGUUGUACUGGCAGGGGAACAGCAAGCUCCCGUGA